AAUAAAUAUUUAUAUGCCAGCUCACUGAUAACAAAUACAACCUGAACAUUUCUGCUGGUAUAAAAAACAAUUUUAGGAACACUGCAGGUCACAUCAGAUAUCCAAAAUUGUUUUAAAAUUGGGAAGAGGAAUUGCAGUAGCUCUCACAUUAAAAAGACUUUAAAAUUAAAGGCAUAUAUUAAACUAAAGGUGACCACCUAUGGGGCUUUGAGUAACCCGCCCCAGAGGGAGGUGCCCCUCUCCGGCUUUCCUGGAGCCCCUUCAGGUGCUGGAAGGUCGCUUUAAGGUCUCGGAGCCUUCUCUUCUCAGGCUGAAGAAGCCCAUCUCUCUCAGCCUAUCCUCGUAUGGAGGUGCUCCAGCCCUCGGAUCAUCCUUGUAGCCUCCUCUGGACCCGUUCCGACAGCUCCAUCUCCUCCUUCUGUUGAGGAUUCCAGAACUGGACGCAGGGCUCCAGAGGGGGUCUCGCAGGAGAGGGGCGGUCCGUCCCCACCGGCCCUGUGGCCCCCGCGGCUCGGCCCGACGAUGCCCUUUCCUCCCCGCGGGGUCCCCCCGCUCCGCUCUCCCGUUCCCGCGCAGGCGCGGCGGCUGCGCACUGCGGGGUCCCGGCGCCUUCGGCUCCUCCCCCCGCCGCGGCCAUGGCGGCGCCCUAGCGCUCUUCCCGCCGCCCCGGCCAUGGCCGCCGAGCUGGAGCCGCCGCCCGCGGCCGCCGUGCCGGGCGCCGCUCCGCUCGAGGCCGAGGAGGACGAGGAGCACUGGCUCUACGGGGAUGAUACUACUGGAAAGCAAGAAGAUGGACCAAUUUCUGGACAUGCAGAAUCUUCUCAUACUCUGCAAGAUCCUCCUCAGGAGAACCGGCCUGUAAGCAGUGAAGACCGAGAGAUGUCGCAACACGCCCUGCCAAGCGGUGAAGAUGAUGAAGAUGACAGCGAUAGCGACAGUGACGAUGAUGACGUGAAAGUUACUAUUGGCAACAUUAAAACUGGAGCACCAUCGUACAUGGGAACUCCUAUGAAUCUAAACUUAAAAACGGGUAGAGGUUAUGGAGCGUCUGCUUCAGCCAAGCUGCAGCCCAAAGGUAUUGACUUAGAUGCUGCAGGGAAUAUAAAUGGAUUGCCUGUUAUAGAGGUGGAUUUGGACUCAUUUGAAGACAAACCGUGGAGGAAACCAGGUGCUGAUCUUUCUGAUUACUUUAAUUACGGAUUCAAUGAAGAAACAUGGAAAGCUUAUUGUGAAAAGCAGCGACGGCUUCAGCUUGGGCUGGAUCCUGCUCCUCCCAUCAGCACGGAAAAUAAGAUCACAGUUCAGCAAGGAAGAACAGGAAAUGCUGAAAAAGAAGUGGAAAACAACGUCAUCAAAACAGAAUUUAAAACAGACUUCUUGGCGCUGGUGGGAGGACGCAUGAAGGCUGGGCCUCCUCCUAAUAGGAAGCUGGGUGGGACAAUUGAUGUGAUCGGUGGCCAGGCAGGCACCAUUAGGAGAGUAGAAGGAAGACGUCGUGAUAAGCAUGCCUCUGAGGAAAACCCAAUCCAGGUCCUUGGAGACCACGGGAGUAAGCCUCAGCCUCCCCAGCAGCCCCAGCAGCCUUCGCAGGCCCAGCAGCCACCUCAGCAGCAGCCGUUCGCACCACCAGCAGGCCCACCGCCUCCCCCGCUCACCGGGCCACCUCCACCACACUUCCUCCACCCUCCUCCACCCGUUACUUCUGUUCCACCUCCCCUCCAUCCUCCAGGUCUGCCACCACCCGGCCCUAUUCCAGGGUUGUUCCCGCCUCCGCUGGCACCGCCACCAGCUCUCCUCAUUCCAACUUUGGAUGGCCAGCCUGCCAGCUACAACAACCGGCAGCCGCCACCAUUCGGCUACAACUCUGCAGAUUCAGGCUUCAUCAGCUACCCACCCAUCUCCACAUCACACACACCCUGGGUGACAACGGUGGACAAAGGCACAAGCGGUUCCAGCAGCAGCCAUUGGGAGUACUCCGGCUCAAGGCGUGAGAGGGAGCGGGAACGGGAAAGGGACAGAGACCGAGACCGCACUCCAACCACCAGUGAAUACAACAAUGAUGAUGAACGAUACCGCUACUACAGCCGAGAGCGCAGCUAUGACUUUGAGCGAGACUACCGCCGGAGUAGAGAUCGCAGCAGGGAGCGAGAGGAUCGUCACCGAGAGCGCAGGCACAGGGACAAGGAGGAGAGCAGCAAGCAUAAGUCUUCAAGACGCAAGCAACACGAGAGCGAGGAGGGGGAGAGCCAUCGGCGCCACAAGCACAAAAAGAACAAGCGGAACAAAGAGGAGAAGGAGGCCAGUGAAGACGGCGCCCAGGAGGGAGAGGAGCAGGAUGCCAAGGAGUAACCUCAGCGACUGCCAGCCCUCAGCUCCUUUGGAAGCAGCGAGGCAUCGGUGCUGUUGUGCUUUGCGGGUUGAUGAUGUUUUCCCCCCAGGAGGCGAGGCUGACUCUGGGUGAGCGGUGCAGCACAGGGUGGUUGUUGGAGCCCAGGCUGCACAGGCAGUUAAACCAUUUUUUUUUUUUUUUGGUGUUGUUUUUUGAUACAGUUGUUGUUUUUUGAUACAGUUGUUUUUUUCAGCAGUUGUAGAAUACAGAGCACUGAGCUCCUCAUACACAUUCCUAGGGGGAACUGUGCUCUAACAGAUCCUAUGGUUUCUGAUGGAAGAUGGCUUCAGCUGAAACUAACGCAUUUAGGUGAUAGGAUUUUGUUAUUUUUUGUCAUCGUCAUUCCUUUUUCAAAAAUAGGACAGUAAGUGCAACUUGAAAUUUAUUGUCCAAAGAAAAGUGUGAUUUAGAUUCUGAGAGCCAGCUUAGAGCCUGGCUUCUAGUAGUGAAAAGUUUCAUCCCCAAAUAAAUUCCUUUAUCGCUACAAAAACUUCUGGUUCCUCCUUGGCCAACAGGCAGCAUGCAAGGAGCUGCUUUUCCUGCAGGGUUCUGCUGUGCUCUGACAGCUCCGAGAAGCUGUCAUGUGUGUGUGCAGAGACUUCAAACCCAACUCUUUUGUUAUCCAUUGCAAAAAUAGUUCCAUCCCGUUUCCACCUAAGUGGGAAGCUGGCGGGGGACCUGUAGGACAAGCAUGAGUUUCUCUUUAGUUGGUUCUGACUAAAUUUUUAAAGUAUCUUCCACUAC